AUGAAGGCCAUCAGGCGAUCUCUCAAAGGGGAAAAAGACCCUAAACCUCACCACCACCAUCUUUCAAUCACUCCCAAGUCAGCCAUCGCGAUUCUGCCACCUAAGAAGGUGAUCAAAGCUCUCUACGACUACCAACCAGAACCCGGCAACACGCAAGAAUUAGCGUUCAGCAAGGGCGACUUCUUUCACGUUAUCAGCAGGGAGGACGACUUGGACUGGUACGAAGCGUGCAACCCACUCAUCCCUAGUGCCAGGGGGUUGGUACCUGUCUCCUUUUUUGAGGUCAUCGGCAAGAACGAAAGAGAUAGUGGCGGGUCGGUCGAUCUUCAUAAGAAGAAAGAGUCGCACGACUCGGGUUUCUCAGAUCGUGGUCCCGCUCAGUUUUCCUCUCCCGAUCAUACUCCCACCCAGCUUCAGCACUCCCCAUCGACUCCCAGGAUGUCGACGUUAGGAAAGGCCUCGAGCGCCAUGGUCUAUGGUAUCGUCCAGUAUGACUUCCAAGCAGAGCGACCGGAUGAACUCGACGCGAAAGCAGGGGAAGCGAUCAUUGUCAUCGCCCAGUCCAACCCGGAGUGGUUCGUCGCAAAGCCCAUCGGUCGUCUAGGUGGCCCCGGGUUGAUCCCCGUCUCAUUCAUCGAACUUCGGGACAUGCAAACCGGUCAAGCGGUAUCCGAUCCUUUGGAGGCAGUCAAGCGCGCUGGUGUACCAAGGGUUGAAGAAUGGAAGAAAAUGACCGCCGAAUACAAGAACAGCAGCAUCACCCUCGGCAAGAUUGACUCGGCCGCGUCAGCAGUGCAGUCCGUGACCUCUGGAGUUGAGAAGAUGUCCAUGGGGCGCAACAGCGCCGGCCACGCAGGCCAAAAUGGAAAUGCCUACGGCUAUCAUAAUCGGAAUGCGAGCAAAGCGUCCCUACCUCAACACCUGUCGCAGCCGCCGAUGCCGAAUCACCAUCAGCAGCCUCUGGUCGCCCCAGUAGCCGCAUCCAUUCCCCGGUACUGCUUUGAUAACGACAAGUAUUGGUAUAUCAUUGAGGCCAAGAUGGAGGACGGCCGUUGCUGGGAGUUGUCCCGUUAUUAUCAUGACUUCUACGAUUUCCAGAUUGCGCUUCUGACCCAAUUCGAGGAGGAGGCCGGAAACCGCGGCAAGCCGCGCACAUUACCAUUUAUGCCCGGACCUGUGACGCAUGUCACCGAUGCGAUCUCCAACGGCCGUCGCCAGAACUUGGACGAAUACAUAAAGAAGCUCCUGGCCAUGCCUCCCCAUAUCUCCCGCUGUCAGCUGGUGCGUCAGCUAUUCGCACCUCGCCCAGGUGACUUUGAAAUUGACCCGAGCGCGUUUGGAGAAGAUGCUCGGUACUCCGGUGGCUCGCACCAUUCCUCCACACAGGAGACCUCGCGCACCGCGUCCCGCCAGUCAUCUCAGGCUCAGAUGAGCUCGCAUCCCGACCGAGCCUCGCACCAGCGCAAUCAGCCCUCCGUCUCGCAUGCGGCCGACAGACCAGCGCCGAUGAACCGACAGGCCAGCUCUCUCACCCAAGUGUCAACAACCUCAAGCGGGGGCGCCAUGAAAGUCAAGGUUUUCUUCCAGGACGACUUGAUUGCCAUUCGCGUCCCUAGCGACAUCAGUUUCCAGCAGCUCCGGGAGAAGCUAUUAGAUCGCCUCAAGCUCAAUGAGGAAAUCGUGGUGCAAUAUAAGGACGAACCAUCUGGCGCGUACAUGGACCUAAACAAUGACAGUGACCUUGACACCGCCAUGCAGCGGAAUUCCAAGCUCACCCUACACGUCGGGCUUGCAUAA